CCCUAGCAGAUAGAAAUUCACAAAAUUCCUUCUGAUCUGGUUUAAUUUUUCUUCAAAAUCAUCAAUUAAUCAAUCGAUCAAAUCAAAAUAGAAUAAUAAAAACAGAAAUGGAUUCAUUUGGAGGCGCAUAUUUCACCGAUGAGAAAGCAGCCAAAGUCGAAAACAUCUUCCUUGAAUUCCUCAAAAAUUAUCGAAUAGAAGGUGGGAAUUCGGCAUACUACGAGUCAGAAAUAGAAGCAAUGACACCAAAUGAAUCAAACACAAUGUUUAUUGAUUUCUCACAUGUAAUGAGGUUUAAUGAUGUUCUUCAGAAAGCCAUUUCUGAUGAAUAUUUGAGAUUUGAACCUUACUUGAAGAACGCUUGUAAGCGAUUCGUUAUGGCACUCAAACCCACUUUCAUUACUGAUGAUAAUCCUAAUAAAGAUAUCAAUAUUGCCUUCUUUAAUCUCCCCAUCAUUAAAAGAUUGAGGGAAUUGAGUACAUCUGAGAUAGGUAGAUUAGUAUCGGUAACAGGCGUGGUGACUCGAACGAGUGAAGUUAGGCCCGAGCUUCUUCAGGGUACUUUCAAGUGUUUGGAAUGUGGAGAUAUCAUAAAGAAUGUUGAACAACAGUACAAGUACACCGAGCCCAUGAUAUGUAUGAAUGCUAUGUGUGCAAAGAAAGGAUUCUGGACACUUCUUAGACAAGAAAGUAAAUUUGCCGAUUGGCAGAGGGUUAGGAUGCAGGAAACAUCCAAGGAAAUACCUGCAGGGUCGCUUCCCAGAUCGUUAGAUGUCAUUCUUCGGCAUGACAUUGUUGAACAAGCUAGGGCUGGUGACACGGUAGUUUUUACUGGUACCGUGGUCGUGAUACCAGACAUUUUGGCAUUGGCGGCUCCUGGUGAGAGAGCUGAAUGUCGCAGAGAAGGUGGUCAACGUAAUACCACUGGUGCUGUCCAAGAAGGUGUUAAAGGUCUACGGGCUUUGGGAGUUAGAGACCUUUCUUAUCGGCUUGCAUUUAUUGCCAAUUCAGUACAGAUUUGUGAUGGCAGAAGGGAUGCUGACAUACGAAAUAGGAAGAGGGAUGCUGAGGAUGGUGACACACCGGAUUUCUCGGCAGAGGAGUUAGCAGAGGUUAGGCAAAUGAGGAAUACUCCCGACUUCUUUAACAAGCUUGUUGACAGUGUUUGCCCUACUGUUUUUGGUCAUCAAGACAUUAAACGGGCAAUCUUGCUUAUGCUUUUGGGCGGGGUUCACAAGUUUACACAUGAAGGAAUCAACCUCCGGGGAGACAUAAAUGUUUGUAUUGUUGGGGAUCCCAGCUGUGCCAAGUCUCAGUUUCUCAAGUAUACCACAACUUUAGUUUCAAGAUCUGUGUACACGUCUGGGAAAUCUUCAUCUGCUGCGGGUUUGACCGCAACUGUUGCGAAAGAACCAGAAACUGGAGAGUUUUGUAUCGAGGCUGGUGCUCUAAUGCUUGCUGACAAUGGUGUCUGCUGCAUUGAUGAAUUUGACAAAAUGGAUGUUAGAGAUCAGGUUGCUAUACAUGAAGCUAUGGAACAACAAACAAUUAGUAUUACAAAAGCAGGAAUUCAAGCAACACUUAAUGCUAGAACAUCAAUUCUGGCUGCUGCUAAUCCCACAGGAGGCCGCUAUGACAAGUCCAAACCAUUAAAGUACAAUGUUGCUCUUCCCCCAGCCAUUCUUUCAAGAUUCGACCUGGUAUAUGUCAUGAUUGAUGACCCCGAUGAUACAACGGAUUACCAUAUUGCCUCUCAUAUUGUGAGGGUGCAUCAAAAGCGUGAAGAGGCUAUUACUCCGACCUUCACUACAGCACAACUAAAGCGUUAUAUUGCAGUUGCCAAAUCUAAAAAGCCAAAGCUAAAUGCAGAAGCCAGACAAAUGUUAGUGGAUUCUUAUGUCGCUCUUCGUAGAGGUGAUACUGCUCCAGGAGGUAAAGUCGCGUAUCGCAUGACAGUCAGGCAGUUGGAGGCAUUAAUCAGACUAUCUGAGGCUAUUGCUCGAUGCCACCUGGAUGAUGAGGUUUCCACACGCCAUGUUCGUUUAGCAACAAGACUCCUAAAAACUUCAGUAAUCAGUGUGGAAUCAACUGAGAUAGAUUUGACAGAGUUUCAAGAUGAGAAUCAAGAGGAUGGUGAUGUUGGUGAAAAUGGUGAAGCUGAACCAAGUGGUGCCCAUGCUGACCCCGCCACAGAGCAGCCAGAAAAUGCAGAAGGAUCCGGAGGGAAGAAACUUGUUAUAACAGAUGAAUACUUUCAGCGUGUAACUCAGGCUCUUGUGAUGCGUCUUAGGCAGCACGAGGAAACUGUUGCAAGAGAAGGGAGUGGGUUAGCUGGUAUGAGGCAAAGGGAUUUGAUACAAUGGUACGUAGCUCAGCAGAAUGAAAAGAACAACUACAGCUCGGCCGAAGAAGCAAAGGCUGAAAUCACCAAGCUUAAAGCUAUCAUUGAGAGUUUGGUAAGAAGGGAAGGCCAUUUAAUCGUAGUGGAUGAAGAGGAGGCAACUGCACAAGGGGAUGAUGAUGGAAAUACCAGACGGACCUCUCGAAACAACAGGAUUCUCGCGGUGGCACCUAACUAUGUUAUUGAUUGAAAUUGAUAAAUUUGAAGAAGAAAUUGUACUACUAGUUUUUUGCUAAUUCAAGACACUAGUGAGUUAAGUUUGAGACGAUGCUACAGUUAUAUGAAUGAGUUAACCUAUGUGUUGUCCCAAAUUUUUUAUGCCAUCCUAAAUUUGUAAAAGAUUAGAAAAAGAAUUCAAUGUCGUGACUACUUAAAGAUGAGACUGGGUUGUUUAGCUUGUGAAUAAAA